GCUUUGUUGUGCAACUUGACCUGCUUGUGGUUAAAACUCCUCUGUACUAAUAUCUUACAGACUGGAAAUCUUCUGACAGGGUUGUAGAAACCACAUCAGGAGUCUAGCAUCCUAUAGAAAAGUAAUCCAUUCACACAGACAAACUGGACAGUACAUGGAGUUAAUGGUUGACUUGUAACAUGCAGGGACGCAGUGUGCUUCAAUGGUAAUGUAGGGAAAUCUUUGUGUGGAGUCUGUGAUAGGGCAUAGGGUGUAAUGAGUUAGCAUUGUGAAUGGAAACAAGAAAGGGUAAGGGGGGUUAUUUGAGUUUGAUUGACAGGUAGUCUUAAACCCCCCUGUGGCAGGUGCCAGGGGCAUGUCACAGGGGCAAGAGCAAUGUAAACCAUAUAGACACACUGAUGAAGCAUGACUGCUGUCUCCAGAAAAUGUGCUUUUCAUUGCUCAGGCCUUUAGAACAGCAGUUUUUAUUUAUUUAUUUAUUAAACAAAUUAUUAAAAAUUAAAAAUAUCUUUUCCACGAUCUAACAAAGCUUGUUUAUAAAUGUAUUCUCUUAUUUCUAAGGAACAGUCCACAAAUAUGAACUGAAACGUGCAAAUCUGCUAUCCUUGCACCCUUUUAUCUGCUGUCCUUGCACUGAUGUUAAAAUAAAUAAUUCUUGUCACAUGCGCAAAACAAAAAACAGAUUUUGUGUUUAGAGUUUCAAGAAUUUUGCCUCAUUUAAAACAAAGAAAAAGCUCAGGUAAGAAAAGUUACCUUGACAAAAACUCAAAGAAUAGUAAACAAGACUUUCCACUGACUGCAUUAGUCUAAAGUAGUCUGACACUCCUACACAUCUCGAUUGAAUCAAACCAGUUUUAUCCUGUUUUUCAAGCUGCAACCAUCUUACCUAACUAUUUUAAAGAAGAUUUAUUAAACAAAAUUCAUUUGAUACAUCAGACUAGAAUGUUUCACAGGGUCAGCCCAACAACGUUCUCCAGUGUUGGGAAAUCAUCUAAAGUAAAAGAACCAAAAACAGGAGCACCUAAGGGGUCCACUUGAGGCUGGCUUCAGGAAAGCCCAUGAACACCCAUGUGAAAAACCGAUUUAUACAGUAGAUAUAAACAUGUUUAUAGCCUGGUACAAAAACUGUGUAGAUCUGAACUGCUGUCUUUUUACUCAUAGACGCUGUAUCUUUCACACAUUUUGGAAAAAAAGGCUAUGAGUUAAAGAAAGAUUUGAAGAUUUGCAUAAUAAGGAGCACAGCUGAGUUGUAACUGUAGAUGUUUGUCAGUCAGGGAGGGUCAUUUCAAAAUGAUUUCCAAAGUGUCAUCAUUUAAUUUCAAAACCCCUCUUAGACACCAAUGGAUGACAUUAAUGAAACUACAUCCAUGUUUUUUUUUACCCUUGUUUGCAAUUUAGCUUUAAGAUGUUUUAUUAUAGAAAGAUUGUGAAACUAAAAGUCAUAAAUUCUAUUUCACUGAUGGUGGCGUAAAUAAAUAGCUGUGAGUCCCUGGAGGCCGGAUGAAUACAGGAUAUGAAUUCAUACAAAUGUGAGUGUAAUAAGGUGUAAAUGUGGUAAAGGUAAAUAGUGAUUAUUUGUGAUUAUUUACCAUGAUUAUUUAUAAUUAAAAAAAUUUUACACUUAGCUUUGUUUCUGUAAUAUAACUGUAAUAAUCAUAAGAAGUACUGUCUUUAAAUUAACUUGAUCUGUUGUGUAUAGAUAAUUUACUCAUGUAUUUCUCAUGUAGUGAACACCAGGAAACAGAACAUUAUUUCACUGUAAAUGAAAUAAAGUUCCUCCUUACCACAGUAACACCCCCCACUCUCGUCACAGCUCAGGGUGUGCCGUGGAGCACUAUCACUGCUGAUGAGAGCAAAAGUCUUUGCAUUCAAUACUCUCAAUCUGCGGUCCAAAUUAGAGAGGUUAAAAAUCUAUGGUGAUGCUAAGUGAACAGAUAGAGGCAGGGAGACAAAAUCAGGCCAGAAAUCAAAGCCUUGGAAGGAAAUAUGCUCCCGAUUGUAUGCCUGCAGAGAAAGAGAGAGAGAGAGAGAGAGAAAGAGGGUGAGUGGGAGAGAGAUAGAGAGGAGGACAGGGGGAGCUCGAGGGGUUAAAAGGCAACAUUGUCAGCGGCACACAGGCAACAAGACAAGUGUCGACAGCGACAGGAAAAAGACGGAGGCUGCCCAUGUGCCUAUGUCUCCUCCACCCGACCCCUUGCGACACCCGCUUCCCCCACCCUCCCCCUCCACUGCAGACGAGCAUAUGUGGGCUGACAACAUGACAUUGCUAGUGAAGAGAGGGAGGAGAGAGAGGGAGAGGGAGAGGGAGAGAGGAAGAGGGAGGACCAGGAGCCUUGGUAGCUCUGACGUCCCUGACUCUGACAGCUGAUGGAGGCAGAUUAGACUCACACAUGCACACGACUGUCAGCCCACCCCACAUCCCCAUCCUCCCCUCCGCUUAAUUCUACCCCCAUCCAAAAACCACACAGAGACCUUCCUUUAUUCUCCAUCCUUAGACUGCUGCUCGUCUCACAGAAGUGGAUUGGAGGCAGGGAUAAGAACAUUUAAUUUGAGGAGAUGGAUGUCUUUCAUUACCACUGUUGACAAAAAUGUUCACAAUUAAGUUAAAAUAACAGGAAAACAAUUUCCAAAUCAAUACCUACUUAUUAAGAAAGUAGUCUAAAUCAAAUCUCAAAGAUAAAGCGGAGGGUUCCAGGAUUUGCUCUUUGCAUCAGUUUAAAAGUUAGUACAUCAUCAAAACACACAAUAAGCAUGUAGAAAAGCAACACCCAGAAUAAGGUGCUGACUACCAACCAUUCACAGACACGUUAAACAAAAGUUGACAUUCUCAAGUCUUCCUAAUUUGGCUUUGAGUUCCACUAAUUUUAUGAUUUCACUCAUUUUGGUAAACUGAGCAGGUGGCUAUUAUGCAGCAGCCGCCCUACUCGUACAAUUAUGGUACCUGCAUGCAGUGUUAUAAGACCUGAGCAAAACUUGUUUAAUACACAUUUAUCAAGACCAAGUAGAACAUACAUAUACAUUUUUUUGUUUUAUUUUUUGUCCUUUUUUGUUAUCUGUGUUGUUUUUGCACAGCAGCCUGUCAGUCUCGACCAUUUAAAAGGCCCAAAACAACAGCAGAGUCUAUCUUUUUAGUGGUCUCAAUCAUGGUAAACUCAGUGCCUGGUCUGAUAUCUGAUAUUUUAAUGUUUACUAGUUGUAUUUAUAUAUUUGGGUUUGCGUGUGUUUUGAAAUAAUAAAGGUGCAGCCAUUUACUGCAAGUGUCUAUAUUUUAGCUUCUCCAGCUCAUACAUGAUUUCUUCACAUUUGUCCUUGAGUUUUUUUGGACUUGUGUGUCUGCUUUUGAACUUUUAUUGUUUCUGAAAAUUUUCUGAUUUUUAGCAUUAAAGCUCUGGCACAGGAUGGGGCUGUUGUAUUGGUGGGUUUGCAUCAGACACACUGUGUGGAUUCGCACUGAUGCAAUGUUAGGGCUGUUCUUUUAUUUUUUAUUAUUUGGCCAGGAAUGACCCAGCUGUAUCUCUACAUGGUCGAACAACCGAAUCAAGAUUCAAGUCAGAAACACCUGACCGCUGAGAGCAAGCUCGUGCAAGCUGUCUGCGUAUUACUGAACUACAGCAGAUAUCCAGAACCAUAAUGUCUGUAAUCCCCAUGACUCAGGUGCCCUCACACAGCCCAGACUCUACUCUGGGGUUAACCACAAUUAUGAACGCACUUACAGCUGAUGGAUAAGCCACACUGUAUAAGAAUGCACAUCAGUUCUGUGUAUCACAGUUUCUUCUUGAGUAUCAGGUCCACAUGUAAUGCUUGUUUCACAGUUUAAGACAGAGGGAGGAAGGAGGAGAACAGAGAGUUGUUUUCUGAGCGUGUUUGCUUUGUCUGUUUCUGUAUUGGAAACAGAAUGCUGACAUUUUACUCUGUGACAGAUAAGAGGUAGAAAGAGAGAAAGAUAGCGUCUAAUGUUUGUGUGGGUGUGUGCACGCACGCAUGCAUGUCUGCGUAGUGAGGCAGACAUCCACCCUGGGACAGUAUGUCAUCGAUUGAGCUUCAGGAAGAGGCCUAUUAUCUCCAGCCAUGGUUCAAGCGGGGGAGUCAAGUGUGUCAUAUGUGUUGGCUCUAAUUGGCAACCCAGCCUGGUGGAGGCUGAGUGGGGUGAAGGCAGAGCUGCAGUAACCCCACCACCUCUAACACACACACAUACACUCACCCAUCCUUGUGGUUGCCUUUGUAAGUGUUGCAUUGUGCUACUUGAGGCAUCCUCUUGUUUUUCUCCAGUACAAAAAAAGCAGAGAUAAAAACGCUUUAAUGCAUCUUCUCAAGCAGAAAUUGUUUCUACGAAUUGUGAUGCAUUACUCUCUGUAAACGUUGGUCACUGCUGCAGGGCGUCUGUGUCUAUGGUUGUGUUAUUCUGUCGAGCCGACUGCAUUUCACCGCCUCAGUGUUGUAUUGUGAGUCAGAUUCUGCUGGUUUUCGCUCUCCAUCUUCAGGGUCAUUAUUUGUUCUGUUCCUCAGACAUAUCUCCUACUAGACAAACCCUCAUGUCUCACAAGUUUCCUCUUUCUCUCUCUCUCUCUCUCCCCUCGCCUGGUCCGCCUGCUGCUUUCAUGGUCUAACACUGCCCUCUGCAGGUCAACACAUUGGCUAUCUCUGUUGCGAAAAAAAAUAGAAGUGGAAGAUCAACUUUAAAGGUCUUUCUUUGAACGUCAGAUGAAGAUCAAUAAGGAUGUCAACAUAAAAAAUCCAUCUCUGAAAAAAGAGAGUAAUUUGUUGCUUUUCCUUGCAUGUCCUCCCUGUGGUAUAGUGACAAAAGACAUUGGUUUCAUUCGAUAAUUAGUUUUUUUAAUAUCACUAGCUCUAAAAUUACAAUUUUAGAAAGUAAUUUAAUUCUGACAGAAUGAGGUAAAAGGUGUAAAAAUAAUUAUUGAAUUAUGAAAGCUUCUGUAAGAGGCAUUUUGUCUUUUGCAGGAUAUUUUUCCACCUAAGGCUACAUGGAUUUAAUUUUCAGAAAGGUAAAGAUAUUAUUCGUUUAUUUAUUGAAGGGGUUCACUUAUUUCUCAAGGUUGAUGCUGUGUCUUAAAAUAACUCAGAAAUCCUCAUCAGCAGAUUUCCAGAUGGUUCACCGUUGUUUCCAUCAGGGGUGUUAGUGAUAUAGUCUGAACAGCCGAGCCUUCCUCCAGUAUUCAUCAUUAGUAGUGUUACAGUCUGCCUGUUGAGCCGGACAGCUACCUGGUCUGUUCCUUAUUUCCUGAUCAGUGGGGUUUCCGAGCCACAUGUGUGUUCUUCUGAGGAAUAUUACACAGUCACAUGGCUGCACCUUGAGGAGCACAUAGUCUUUGCUAUUAUCGCCUCAGUGGGACUCUGCAUGAACAGACCUUUGAAAGUCAUGAUCUCAUUUCACUGUGAUCCCUUCAGUCUGAUCCUCAAUCUGAGCUUCACAAUAUGGUGCAAUACAUCAACGCUGCUUUUGCAUGUUAUCACCUUAUACUUUAUCAUUCGUUUGGCACUUUCUGGAUUUCUUAAAUGAUACCAAGAACAAAACCGACUUGAAAAUGGCGCUUCUACGAAAAUGCAAAGGAUACAAAAAUGAUCACAAACUAAUUGAAUUUUCCUUCGGGGAUUAAUAAAGUUCUUAUUCUUAUUCGUGUUCUUAAUACCAUUGUGUACUGACUUUUUUGCAUUUUCUGCCCUUCGAGAGACAUAAAAAUGUGGUAAGUUUGUCAUGUGCUGUACCUUGAAAAGUUCAAUACAAACUUGAAUAAAAAAGAAAAAAAUGAACAAAAACAGUGAGACAACCAAGUGUCUGAUUAAGUUGCUCUCCUUUAAUCCUCCUUAAAAACUUUCUGUCUGUGUGUCUUUGGCGCCCCCUGUGGAAUAGUGGUAACCUUACAUCCCAAAAAACAUCUCUAGUCUUUUUAUGAUCAAAUUUGUCUCUCACUGUGAAAAUUUGCAAUGGGAAAAGAAAAUGAGGCUGCUUCUAUAUCAUACCUACCCUCUCAGAAGUUUAAGGCAUUAAAAUUACAAUACAAUUACUGUCAGUCUUAUCAUUACGGGUCUCAUUUACUUCGGUAUAUCACAAGGACAAAUCAAAAACUCCUUACAGGACCUUUAAAUACAGUAUACUAUUCUUUAACAGUUUAUGACAAAUACCUUAAAUUCUAGUAAAGCUCAGGACUUGGGUAAAUGAACUUGGUCAUUGACAACAUUUUUGAUAACAACGUGUUUACAGGCAAUAAUCACAAUGAGAGUUAUCAAAUAUGGUUUUCGUGCAAACCACAGAUGUGUUUGAGAGUAUAUUCUGCUUUCAAAUAAUCAGAGGGUCUGAGAAUCCACUCACUUUUCCCACUGACUUCCCAGCUGGUUUGACUGAGGUAAAAUGAGCUCUUAUUUCCACCAACAGAGAGCAGCAGAGUCCUGCCCCUGAACCUAUUGAGGGGGUUUUAGAGGGGGUUUCAUUUACUGGUUCAACUUUUAGCAUAAGCAUCACCCCAAAACCUGGUUGUAUUUUUAGCGACAAAGCUUGAUUCUUUUUGCUGUAAACAUUGGUCUUGACCUCCAAAUCAGUGAAAAUGGAUUCCUCUCGACCCCUCAUGAAAUGUCUGUGUUGUUCCUCUCAAUAUAAAGGCCUGUUGUUGGGGAAGUGUGUGAGGGGUUGAAGGAAGGGAAACAUCAGGACGGCUCCUGCCAACUGACUCUGCCUGAAAUGACAGAGACAGGUGCGGUAAAAUCGCUCCUUUAUACCAGAACCCUCCCUCACACACACACGCCAAACACAUGCCGACACCCACUCAGCAAGCAGUCAGCCUGCCAACACACUCAAUUAUUUCACUGCUCCUCUUUCUAGUAGGGAAGUUUGUUGGCUGGCAUAUCAACAUUAAAUAUGUCUCCUGUGGAUGUCAGACUUUCACUUUUGUUUAUACUUGUGACAACAAGUGCUCAUGUUAGUCUCCUUUAGUUUUCCACAUGUACAGUUAUAUGUCCCAGAAGUGCAAAUAUGUGUCUUUGGUGGGAGAAUUUCUAGUGUGAUCCAAAGCUGUAUACUUUACAAAGAUCCAUUUCGACCUUUGAGAUAAUGUAAGGCAGGGUGUUACUAAAGAAGUAAACACAAGAAAAUAAAUCAUUUGGAUUUUUAUCAGUCCCACAAUGCAAAAUAUUUAUUAUUCACUGGCCGAAUCUCUUUUCCAAACACAUAACCAUCAAAUUAAACAAACUCCUCACUCCGUCUGUACAAGUAAAGCUUGUCACUGACAUUACUUAGGGAUAUAUGGCCAAAUAGACCACAUACGUAUCCAUGAGGAGCAAGAAGUUAGCAAACAUCCUUAAGUAGGAUGCGUCCAUUAUUUAUAAUAACUAUAAUAUUGAUUAGAAUGCUGAGGAAAAACAAGCAAGCAUUUAAAAAAAAAACUGCAUAGACUUUCAUUAAGUACAACCAAGUUUUUUGCUGUUUACUUAUUCCAGUUCUUUGUGACUGUCAAUCACAAGAUAGUCACGCCCGAAAACAUAGCAGACCUCACCAAUGAAAGAGAAUAUAAAUACAUGAGAGAAAGGUGUGAUUGAGGAAUUAAUCAAAUGUAAAGUAGGAUCCUUUUGACUGAUGGGUUAAACUCCUGUGGCUUGGUACAGUACAUGUAAAAAAAGGUGGUUGGUUGGUUAGUUGAUCAAUUGGUUGGUUGGUUGGUUGGUCAGUUAGUUUGUUGGCUGGCUAAGUGGUUGGCUAAGUGGUUGGCUGUCUUGUUUGUUGGUUGGUUGGUUGGUAACUUUGUUGGUUGGUUGGUUGAUUGGUUAGUUGGCUGAAUGGUUGGUGGCUUUGUUAAUUGGUUAGUUGGCUGCAUGGUUGGGUGGUUGGUUGGUUGGCUGCAUAGAUGGUUGGUUGUUUGGUUAGCUACUUUUUAAGCAGCUUUGUUAAUUGGUUGGUUAAUUGACUGCUCACUUGGUUGGACGAGAAGCUGCUGGUCUAAGCCAUUUAGGCCUUUACUUCACUGUUUAAACCUUGAGGCAAAUACUCCUUUUUGCAUAAAAUCGACAGUCUUAAGAAGGAAAACAGCAAUCUGUCCUCAAAAGGUGGUGAGUGUCCUGAAUCAGUUCUACUUCAUCAGUCUUUGCAGUGUUUAAGUCAACUUUGAAGCCUCACAGAGCGGACAACCUACAGCUUUGACAUCUCCCAUAGAGCUCCAUACAUCUUCAUCUUCUGCUCUGACGGAGUGUCUAAAAUAGAAAAAAGAUCAAAGAGCUGUGUCUGAAUGUUCUGAAUGUGUGAGGGCACGACACAGACUGCAGUGGACAGGGAGGUUACGUAUGCCACCUAUGACUCAAAGGGUGAUGUAGACAAGAGCAAUUGGAAGAGAUAACAACCAGUAAGCUACUUAAGAUUGUUUCCACAGGAGUAUAUUGCACUGUCAAGUGAAGCCUGUUGAUUCACCAAUUGUGUUUCUGUUCUCCUCUCAGUGUGAGCGCGGUAGAAAUCAGAAGACAAAACUAGAUGUUGCAGCAAGGACUGACAACAUUCAGCUUUAUCAUCCAUUUUUUCUCCCAACACAAACAGCAAAAAAUCAUCCUUUAGCUGUAAUUUACUAUUACAAUAAUGAAGGCAGGUGUUUGCUUACAAAUCUCUUUUGUAAAAUUUAAUCGUUCAACAGCAAUUAACCUCAAUAAUAAGCAAUUGUAGUUGUAAAAACGUUGAGUUAAGACCAGAAAGGAGAAGCCAAAUGGUGAAUUGAAUAAAGGCACUAUGAGGAGUUUUUAUGUAUUGAUGAUUCUGAUUAUCCUCUUAUGGAAGAAAUCUGUGCUGUUUUUUAUCAAAAUAAAGAUUGCAUUUCCCAUGAGCCCCAUCCUCCACUGUCAUGAAGAUAUGGCUCUUGAAAGUGCAUGUUUUAUUAGUGGAAGCUUAUAAAGGCGUAAAGAUAUUCUUUUUGAUACAGAUUUUCUAUAUUCAAGACAACUGUUUAAAGAGUUCAUGUAAUGUGUUGAUUUUUUUAUGAUAUAAAGUUAUAAACUAAAGUGUAACAACGACAAAACUUUGUGCACCUUUGCUGUAAAGAUUACCAACAAACUAUUACGAUAUAUGCCCCAGUGUCCCAGUCAAUGUCUCAGAAAUGUAAUUAUGCACAGAAUUUUGCUCUUUUGUCCUGUUCAUAGCCACUUUCCUCUUUUAUCGAGCAAGGCUCCAUCUGAGGGGUUUCUUAGUUCAAAAUCCAGAACCCCAUUAAACCCAUUAAAACUCCUCAAAGUGCUGGUAAUUAUCAGUGAAUAGGAAAAGCUCAAGAAUAUUAAUAGUCAGUUCAUUUUUUGAAACCUUUUUUUUUUUAAUUUUCUGAUGUGUCUGUACUUUGUCAAAUAUCUUUGAGUUUUUGUUCUGUUGGAUUGCUGUGUGUUUUUAAUUAGUUGUCUUGGCGCCACUUGAACCUUUUAACUAGUUUCCCUAAUUUCCCCCGCAUGCUCCUACACUUUAUGUCAAGCUUUUAAGCAACAUUCCCUGGACAAUUGUUAAAUAAAGUGUACAUACUUACUGAUCGACUACAAACUUGCGAAGACACUUUUUCUGUCUACACCACAAACAGCUGCUCUGUUUCUCUCUUCAUCCUCUCUCUCUCUCUCUACCUCUCUCUCUCUCUCUCUCUCUCUCUCUCUCUCUCUCUCUCUGUCCCUCUCUCUGUCUCAUCGGUCUCUGAGUGACAGCACAUGUGCUGGGGUACAUGGGAGGGCUGCUGCUGAAAUUCUAACCCCCUUACCCCACCACUGUGAGACAUAUCCCAGCUAUGGACAGGGAGGAGCUGUGAGGGACAGACGCUGGGAGAGGAAAGAAUUGGGAGACAGACAGACAGGCAGACUGCAAGAGCAAGUGGACUGAGAGCAAGAAGCAAAGAGAGGGGGGACAGGUCAUAGGGUUGGAGAGUUUGGCUUUUUUUGCCCAGUAGACCUGCACAGGAGCCCGGUUCUCAGCGGAGAAGCCUCUGAUCUUUCCGUCAUCAGAGGUCUGAGUUUCUGUGUGCAGGUAGAGAGGAUGGCGGCGCAGAUGUGGAUGGUGUGUUUGCUGGGAAGUCUGCUCUGCCAGGUAAGAAAAAUCAUCUGAUCUUUAUAAGUUUUGACUAAACUUUACAAAAUAGGUGGAGUUUCAUUAGUCUUAUUGUACAUUUGUGUCUCUAUGCUGUUUUUUUUUAUAUGAGAAGACUCAAUCUAUGACUGUCUGCCAUAGUCUAAUGGCUUUUUUAAAGUUUAUUCAUUUAUUUUAGCGUUCGACUAAAUGAAAGAUCACAUAGCUACGCCAAAGUGAUAAGCCAUCAGGGUUGGAGGGUCAUCUUACUCUUUUCCCUUUGCUGGAAUUUUAAUUAAAAUUCCAAUAACAAUGGUAACACUCUCAUACUUUUGUCUUUGAUAAGCUGCAGUAAAAGUUCUCGACUUUCAUAUGAGUUUAACCCAGUGAUACUACCCCGACAUCCUCCUUUCUGUAUGGGUCUAGAUUCAACUUUCCCCCAAUUAUCUGCCCAAGACACCUCCACCCCAGCCCCCUUCAGAGCAUCUCUGAUUGAAGACCCACCUUUAGCUGCCUCAUCCCUCAUAAAUACACAGUUUAUGUUAUUACCUGUCUCCAACCAAACAUCAACUGAUUUCUAUCAGUUGAAUCCAGAGUCAGGUUGAGGCUGAACUAAACACUUUAUCCUGGUAAGAUAGAGGAUGAUGAAGUGUUUUUGAGAAGGACAUGUCUCCAGAUGUGUACAGAAGGCUCGGGGCAUCAUUAGUGGCCCCUGUCUGCAGACGCCAUUGUGAGAUUUAAAAUGGAUGACAAUGUAAACGGAAACAUCAUCAACAGCACUUCCAAACACCAUCAGUCUCUCUCUUUGUUUAGAGUAGAAAUGUAGCCCAGGUUGGGAUGGUGAGUGAGCUGGCCUCCUGUGAUUCUGGAGGGCAGUGUUGCUUGGAUUUUCACCAUAAGUCAUAGUACAUGUUACAAGAUGCAGCAAAGAUGUGGCAGACAUCAUUGUGGUAAAUUAUAUCUAUUCUUCAAAGCAUUUUUAAAAGACCUACAUUUUCUGUUCGGAUGCGUACAUCAGAGAACUGCUUAAUCUCCAUGAAGGUGAUACCAGGUUAGCCCAUGUCUCUAAAAGCCAGAGGUGUUAAAAGCCCAAGAGGGACCAUAACCUAAAUAACAAGAAGUGGCUCCCACCAUGUGUUUACUGACCUAUAAUUGGAAAAAUCUGCCCAGAAAUAAUCAGUCUUUUGAGUAUGGCACACUCCCGAAGGAGGACUGAAAGGUGGCUCUGAAAAGUUGAAACCAGGCUCCUUCACAGGGAAGAGGAGUCCAAGCAGACCCUGAUUCAACCCAACGUGGCACAAAAAGAGAAAAAAACUGCGGUCAUUUCAACACACAAAGUCCAGUCAAACCCUUGGAAACCACUGUGAGUCUAAUCUGACUUCAUCCCUCAGCAGAGUGACAAGCUAUGUUUUCUAAAACCAACAUUUAAUACCAACGUGUCUGAAAAAAAAAAAACACAUUUGUGGUAGACCAUUCACCAGAAAUCUUUACCUUUUAUUGUAUAAUGUCAAAUGUUUAAUUUCCUUUAUGAUCAAAUGAAAAAAGUGCUUAACAACUAAUUGACUGAGAUAAACUGGUGCUAUAUUUUUUGAAAAAAGAGACAACAAAAACAUUUUCUUGUUGGAGGUGGUGGUGAAGGGUUUGUAAACUUUGUAGAGGUGGAUUCAUCUCUCUCCUGCCUCACAAGUAAAAUGACAUAAAUUCUGCAGAAGGACAAAUAACCAGGAUUAAAACUAACGACCCAACCAUUAGUCCAAUCCAAAAGCUUUACUCACUGUCACCUGAUAUAGCCUCCAGUUGUACUCUGUUAAUUUUCAGUAUGCUGGGGUUGUUUUGAACGGUUGUUUUCAGGCCUGCUGGUCGAUGUUGUGGGGAGGGGUGGCCACCAGCCACAGCUGUUCCCAGAUGCAUACGUGAUGCCAUUUGUCUCGCUCUGUAAUUCCCAUUGCGGAAAGAUGAGCGGGCCGCUGCUGGACCAUGAAAUCGAGCACAAAUCAAGAGUCUGUAGCAGUGGCCAGCUGGCGCUGAGGUCUCACUCAUCGGAAACAAUCAGUCAGAGGAUUUAAAGUCUGAAUCGCAGGUCCUGCUGGGUGUAGAUACCUGUGGGAUGUUUUACACGGACUCAGGUUUCAAAAGGAGAAAGUACCUAGCAGAGCAUGAAAACUGGUUUAAAAAACAGUGAAGUUGAUUGUCAAACUACAACAAAAAGCAGCAGAUGGAGGCGGAUGUUUUGGAAAUGGAUAAAUUAAUUAACUCAUUAAGAUGGCGAUCAUUUAAUACAACCCAAAAAUCCUUUUAUUACAUGUAGAGAGAGAAUUUUUCAUGAUAUGUUAAAACUAAAAAAUAGUCAAACUUCCUCAGCCUGUUUUAUACAGUAUCUAUGUUUUAAAGAGCAUGUGUCGAUUUAGAUGCGUCCACCAUUAAUUCAGGGAAACUCAAAUCUAGAGCAGAAGGAAAGCUGAUGCAAACACUAUUUAGGUAAUGUGAAAUUUGGUUAUAUGAAAGAUAUUUUUACAAUUGGGCAGGUAUCUGAAAUUGAAAAGUAUUGGGAUCAAAUUCACUAUGACCCUUCUGAGAGUGCAGAAAUACCUGGAAUUUGAGGAAAAGCAGCAAUUCAAUUCAACUCAAACUCAUAUCGAUGUUGAUACUGAAAUAUUUUGAGGCAUCUAACAGAUCAGCAAAUUGGUAGGACAACAGAAUGGCAGAUGAAGAGAUCCAUUUCUAUCCUCAUUAAACUCUUUGACUUAUCUUUAAGUCAAUCCACCAUCAUAGAUCACAUUGUUACACAUCUUCACAUCUUUAGUUACUCCACGUUUAUUCCCUUGUUGGGACCCACUUUUAGUCUUAACCUUGCUCAGCAUUCCUAGAGCAUAGACAUCUGCUCGAAGAGAGACUCACACUUGUAGUGGCACCAUAAAUAGGUUGUCCAUGCCCAUGCCAAGCACUCAUGACUUAGCAGAAGAGUAAGGGUGUGGGAGCAGGACUGUUGGUGGGUGACUGACUUGCAGUGUGUCCAUGACUAAGGCCGGUGACAGAAGUGACCUUAGAGACACCUGUGCGACCUCAGGCCCUUUUUGGCCGAAGAGACGGUCAGACAAGCUUUCUGUGUGCACCAGUCUUUUUUUGUUUUGUUUUUUUGAGUAAUUUAGGGACUGUUCCACUCACACAUACCUGGAGAGGGUUAACUUGGGCCUACAGACAGUGGAUGCAGAAAUAAACAGAGAGAAGCAACUGUGGUAACUCGGACAGAGGGAUUUCAAUUAAAAGUCAAUAAAAAAGUCACUUGAUGCAGACAUGAAAUAUAUCUGUUUAACCAGAUUCGUAGCAUUGAAGAAACAUUUUAAAAAACGCAUAUCUUUAAAUUUGUUACAAAACGUGAAGAAAACGUGUUUGUGAUGGCAUAUAAAGGUGCUCUCAAACUGAGAUCGUUUUAAAGAAUGACUUUGAGGACGACAGAAAUGUCUCAUUAAUAAGUGUCUAAAGAGUUAGCAUUUAUUUCAUUUUCAUACUGAACAGCUGCAGUGGUUUUAUGAACAAAUUACAUUUGAAGAAGCAAAACUUUGGAAGUAAUUCUGCUUUCCUUCUCAUUUUACACUUUUCUAGUAAAGACAUCUUAGCCCCAUAUCCCUCCUUUUAUAAGUUUAUUCAUGUUUUUAGAAAGUUGUUCUCAAAUUAUAUAUGCUACAUUUAUCAGAAUACCAGGAGUUUCUGUGGCAAAGAUUCUCAAUAAUAUAGUGGUGUAUAUACAUCCCAAGCAAUUUAUCCUGAUCAAUAGAUUAUCACAAAUCAGCAAAAAGAUGUGAAAUACCACCAAAUUAAAAACUACCCAAACAUACUCAAAAGAUAUUUGUCACUGGCUUCUUCUAAAGAAUUGGUCAUUUUUGCAUUCGUAUCAAGGCUUCGAAACAAGUUUUUUAAAUCGUAACUAAUAGUUGAACUUCAGUAAUUAGAUGCGAUGAAUUCUAUUUCAAUGACAUGUUUAUAAUCUCAUUGUUUUCCAUUUUAAAGUCCAAAUUAAUAAAGCAAUUCUUUCCGGUGCUGAUAGUCAUGACUUAUUGUUGUCCAGUGAUUCUCCAGGCAUUUGAAUUCUUACAAUGUGCCAACCUCAGGACACUUCCACAGUGCUGACUGGCCUGCAAUGAGACGCCACCCAUUUAACAAGCACUGUAGUAAACUUCUUUGCAUUUGUUGCAGCCGAAGGUCUGUGGGAAUUUACACACUCCAAAAUCGUCUUUCCCUGCUUCUGUGAUGUGGUUGCCCUCUGACAUCAGUUUAAAGUGAAAUGUGCCACUUAAAAACUCAGUGAUGUUGUCAUUCUCCCUAAUGGCUGCAGGAAGACACUGCUCCAGCUUAACUAGGCUGAGCUAAAAGGGAGGAAGUAGCGCAGGAUUAAAACAAAGAGUAUAUGAAUUUGAUCAUGAUUGAUGUGUUAAUACUGACAGCUCUCAUUACUUAAGGGUUUGUUUUUUUGUAAGAUUUUCUUUUACAGUAAAACAGUUUUCAGGCUCAUGAACAGUAAUUUCUGAUAAAGUGGGGAUGAGACGAAAAGAUAUUGUAUACUUUGAAAUAUUGUAAUGCAAGAUAAGAAGCAAGAUAAUCUUUAAUUGUCCGAUUCAGAAAUUUGUCUUCUAUCACUAACUCAUCCAUCAACACAGUACAAUCACAAUACACUUAAGAUAAUACUAUCAAAAAUAUCAUUAAAAUAUUAAAAAGUCCAACUUUCCAAUAACAGUCUGAAUACAAACUGAACCUAGAUACAUGAGAAUAUCCUACGCCAGUGUUAGGGAUGUGUGUGUGUCGCUGUCCUACCUCCACUCCACUGUUUGUUCAAUUAAAUAAUUUGAGUGAGGAAUAAAAGAGAUCUUGUACUUGUUUUUCUUACAGUUUGGCGUCCUAAAAUGUAUGAUAUAGCUGAUCAGUUAGUGCACAAUUGUUGAUAUAAAGUAUUUCAAAUAAACCGGGGUAUCACAUACUUUAAGAUAAUACCCUCAAAGACCAACAUCAAGAGACGGAGAGUCUUGAACCCAGUGAACACUCCACAUUAGAAGUGCUUGACGGUUCUUGCUGUGAGGGCAUAUCCUCCCCAAACAAGCUGUCCAGACUUCUGUGAGGGCCCGAGGUGAAAGGUCGGACCGUAAAGGUUUCUGGGAAAGGCCUUUAAAACAGUUAAUCUGUAUGUGGUGCCGUCGCUCAGCCUGUCAGAAAAGGAACUCUUUGGUCUAAUUGGAAACAUGAUACUUUGGUGUUACUGCAUUGGUCUGGUAAAAACAUUAAGAGUCAGGCAGAUACUUGGUGGAGCCAUUAUCCGAAACACAUUUCCCUCUUAAGCUCUGAUUCCUGAAACAGGACAAUGUUCAGUACAAUCCAAUCCACUUUCUUCACAGAGCUCAUUUCAACAAACAAUCAUUUUUACUUUAGUGCUGUGCAGUGAGACAAGAAACACAGAGAUAGAAAACACUGAGGAAAACUAAUCUUAGUAGAGGCCAGUAAGAAACACAAAAACAGUGACGGAAAAAAACAAAAUCAAUGUGAAGCCAAAAGUUAGAAAAGAAGUAUCUUUGCGCCUUUUAGAUUAUAGAAGUAUUGCUGUUGUGACGAGCUUCAGCACAGCUAUUGUGUGUGAAGACAACCAAUGACGAUAGUGCCACAAUUUUUCUUUAGCAUUGUCUGUUGCAUCUUUAUUCAACUCAACUUCAACUCAACUUUAUUUGUUAAGCACUUUAAAACAACCACAACUGAACAAAGUGCUGUACAUAACUAGACAAAACAAGAUAAAAAACAAUCAAAAAAUAAUUAAAACAAUUAAAACAAUGGAUAAAAUAAAAGCAGAAUUAAAAGUAAAAUAUAGUUUCAAUGUUUUUAAAAACUAAUUUAAAAACAUAGAAACAAAUAACUAAAAACAAACCAUAAAACACUAAAACAGGAGCCGAGUCUCAUGCAGGGUUAAAAGCCAAUGAAUAAAAAUGGGUUUUAAGACGACUUUUAAAAAUGGACAGUGUGGGGGCUUGUCUAAUUUGGAGGGGUAGCUCGUUCCAUAAAUUUGGGGCUGCAACAGAAAAAGAUCUAUCCCCUCUGAGCUUUAUUAAUACAAAGUAAAUAGUUGUUAAUACCAAACAUCCUAUGCUAUACUCAAUUUAUGUCAAAUUAUGCUAUAAGAAGUGUAAUACCGUCAUCAAUGUGUAAAAAUGGCUGAAUCUUCAUUGGUAGCCAAGAUAGUUGCGUGUUUUUAUGAGUUGCAGCAUCGAACUGUCACUUAGCUGGAGAGACCCUGGGGGUUCUGGAGAGAGCUGUUCUGGGAGUUUUUAAGUUUAAAGAAGUGUUGAAGCUCCUGCUGGUCUGUAUCUCCCUGUCUGUGCAUUCUCAGAGUUAAAAAAGGUGCUCUUGUUUGCCCAAGUGUCUACAAACCAGGAAAACUUAGAAUGUGCUAUUUUUGGAGACACAACUGUGAUGCAGGUGUUAUUAAAGUGACAGGGCAGAACGUGUGCUAUGCCUGUGGAAGUACAGGAUCAUAUUUAUAUGUAAGUAUUUGUAAGCCUGAAGUAUGGAAGUGGAUAGCCAUCAGGAUUAAUUUGUGUGGGUAACAUGCACUGCUGGAAUGCGAGUGUAAACAUCUCCAUGCAUGUGUAGCCGAGGAUGGCUUCAAAGAGUUAAAUAGGUAGGGAUCAUGAAUAUAGAACAGGCUAAGAUUAGCCUGCCCUCUGACUGGGCCUGGAGAUGCCAGUCAUGGUUACCAUUUUUCCCCGCACUGUUGGACAGCGAGCCAAAGGAUCAAAAUAUCAGAUCACCCAACCCGCAGACGGACCAGAGAUCACCGGCUAUUCACAAAAUAUUCUCACAUAUUCCCACAAAUCUGCUAUCAUUCCCUUCUGUAUUGUUCAGAAAUUUACUGAAAGCUCUUGUCAUCAAUGUUUAGAGUGAAGUAUAGAGUAUUCUCACUCUCAAUCAUGCUGAUACGUUCCCAUUAAUUUCCGGUCCUAUGGAUUUUGUAUCUGAGCUGUAAAACACAUGUGAAGUAAUGAUAAAUCAAGCCAAUUCCCACAGAAAAGAAGGAAGCAACUUACGGAAAUGUGUACAUACAGAGUGUGUGGGAGGGUGUUUGUUGAUGCACAGUCAUGUAUGCAAGUGUGUGUGUGACAGAGAGAGAGAGAAAGAGAGAGAGAGCAUGUAUAUCAAUGUGCCCAUGGAAUUCCUGUGGCAGAGCAGAUCCGUAAGGUGACCCCGAAGUCCCAGUCAGGUGCAGAGCUGAGCAUAAAGGGGAAUUUGUGAGUGUGAGUGGGAAUGCGGGUGGGAAAGCUCAGGAUCUAAAUCCAUACUCGACAGCUGCUGUGCGAGUGUGUGUCUCAUAUGCCGGUUGUGUGUGUGUCUGUGCGUGGGUGCAUUUGUGUGAACAUAGCUAAGACAGCAAGCAAUGUGGUGAAUGAGGGCCUGUGAAAUGAGCAUGAGUGUUUGUGUUUCCUGGUCCUGGGAUGAAUUUGCACCCAGAUCAAAGAAAGCUGACAAAGACUCGUAUUAGUGAGUGAAACCUGAAGCUGUGGCCCGGCUUCCCUUCUGCCCUCCCCACAAUCCAAUGGAUUCGACAUUACAGACAACCGAAGAGCUGCAGCUAUCACGCAGCAAUUCCCACAAAGCCAUUGGGAAUGUAAAAGCACUGAGGGAGACUGUUAGCAUGGUCUUAAACAGCUGCAAAUAUCAAUGAUGACAUAAUCUGUGUCAUCCAGGAAGGGAGUAGUACUGGAAUCAAAAACUACACUUCAUGUCCAACUUCACUGACAUACAUUAAACGUCUCUGGCUGAUAGGUGUAAUGUAACACUUCUCAUAAGUUUCUUACGAGAGUUUCAUGCCAUGGUUGUUUUCAGGUGUGGAUUUCUGCAGAGCUUCAUCCCACAGAGGAAGAACUGCAUCCCCAAAUCCUUUACCCAUGGAGAAAUCAAGGUGGAGGAAUAGUCAGGGUGAAAAGAGACUGGAUCAUCCCUCCAAUCAGAGUCCUGGAGAAUAGCAAGCAAGUUCCUGAAGAUCUUGUCCAGGUAAAAAUGCCAAAUAACAACUUUUCAAUUUCAAAUUUCUACAGGAGAUUGUCACUGUCACACCUGGAACACAAAAAACUUAAAUAUAUAGUUUCACACUCUUUUAAGUCCAUCCAAAAUCAGUAAUAUAAUCACGUCUGAGCAAAUUUGCUUGCUGCAGUCAUUCGUCGUGUUUAUACUGAUUAAGUUUAAGAUCCCCUCUGAGUUUGCUUUAAUGUAAGUGAUGAGACACACAAUCCACAGCAUGAGCAUUACACAGAUCUGGAUAUCCGGAGUCUCCAGCCAAGUGUAUGAUUAUUAGCAACACAGCUGUUAUAAAGCCUCAGCAGUGUGAGUAUUAUAAUUCAUGUGCAUUUCAUGCCAAGUCACAGUUUUGUGCGUACUAAAUGCUCUAUUUCAGUCUAUGUCCCUCACUUCUGCUCUAGGUGCACUCAUAAAACCCCUCUCUGUUGCAAUGUAUAUCAAUAUAGCUCACAUUCAUAAAUAAAAAAACAUACCACUCAAAUUAUAUCUCUACUCUUGAAAUAAUAGAGCUUAAUACAACAUUUUUAACUAAGAAACAUGUGGUGGCAGUUUUUGUUUGUUAGCUUGUAUGCUAAUUAGGCUAAUUUUGCUUCACAAAAACAAUUGGAGAAAGACAGAAGCUAAAACUACUCGCCAACGGAAAGUUUAUGUUAUCAGGAAUUAAUCCAUGUAAGCCUUACACUGACACUGAAACCAUGAAAAUGAAGGUCAGUCUCUACUUAGUGUAGCAUUAUCCCAUUCAGCUUAUUUACUAAUGUAUUUGGAAAUGCACUUUGUUGGUGUUCGUUCAUGAACACUUUUAAGUGGUUUGUCAGACCAAACUCUGUGGCCUUGUAUAUAACACAGCUACCAAUGUGACAAGACUUCUCAACUACAAACACUAACUACGAGCUUACAUCAAAACAACUGUCAAAGCUUUUAAUGGAUUGCAUGGCUAACUCUAAGUAACUUUCACUAAUCACUCUCCAAGCCAUGCCUUAGUCCGUUUUAAAACAGAAAACCCACCUGGGGUUUAAGCCUUGUUUUUACUAACUCAUGUGACUGGUUUCCAUAAAUCUGUAAGUAAACAAAUGAUCCCUCGAGUUCACAAGGCAAUGAGGUGCACUUAUUAAUCAAUUAGAAGCAUAGAUAUUGAUUGAUUGUAACAUAGAUAGCUACUAUACACAUAUAUUAAUACACUUUUAUAUGGACUUUUAUUUGUUUUUAUUCCACUACCACUCUGCCUCCAGAAAGUGCAACAUUACCACCAUGCUGCUGUUUUACUCUUAGUUUUUUGUCGUAUUUAUUUCUUUAUAUUAAAUUAAACACCAUCAUGCUGUGAUAUGGAAGUCAAGCAAUGACAUUUUGUUGCAGGGAGGAAUCACUGCUGUGUUUUAUUCUGUGCAAUGACAAUUAUAGAAAGUCUAAGUCUAAGUCUAAAGUCUACUACCUUGAGCCAUGCAUGUGGGAGAGGCAAGUGCUUUCUAAUAACAGAUCUGACCCGUGUCAAACUGGAAAAGAUGGUCUGACUGAAUAGAAUAUACAGCUAUAUUUUAGCAGAAUAACACAAAUCAGAGUAAACAAGUCCUGUUUAGUCUUUAAAAACUCACUUGACAUCAACAUAGGCAGCUGGAUAAGAGGAGUAAGCUAGUUAGCAGCCUGUUAGCUAAACUAGUACACUGUCAAACAGCUCUCUUCGAUAUGGAGGAGAGGAGUUUUGUAGGUAUGUUGGAUAUUAUAAAGAUUUUCAUAGAAAUGGACAAGAGGUAAUGGACAAGGUGCUAAUAUUAACCAUGUAGUAAUAAUAUAACACACUCUGUUGCCGUGGAAACUACACUGCUGUAAAAGAAAGGUCUUAUAUACUGUAGGUCAAAUGCUUUAACUAAUUGAUGGUUUUGUUAUAUUCCUCUCAAGACUACAUUAUACAAUAACAAAUGACUUUCAUAUAAGAUACAGUCCAGCGAUUACACAGAACAUGGGUCAGAGUUUAGAAGACACAUGAAAUGUAAAUGUUGUGUUAAAACUGUCACAUAAGUGCAGUUAGCGUAUAAAUCUUACAGUACAAGCAGAAAUAUUGAGCAAAUUUUACAAGGUGAUGAAAAUAAAGCCCAGAACAUAUGUCAGAGACAGUGAAUGCAAAAUACAUAAAAUAUAGACUCCUUGCUACUAUUAGGUCAGAAUCUCAUUUCCUGCUGUAAGUCAAAGGCCUCUCUGAGCUUAAACACUCUUGUGUCAAGGUCCCUGACUGUCAACAUACUCACAUCUGGUGUUACAACAUAAUGUUUUCACUCCAACCCCCAACUUCCCAUGAGGAUGCAAAGAUCAUAAGUUUUGUCUCCUUUCUUUUUUUUCAGAUAAAAUCAGACAAAAUCUUUACAGACGUGGUGAUCUACAAGCUAGAAGGACCAGGAGUGGACCAGGAGCCCAAGAAUCUGUUUGAGAUUGAUGAUAAAACAGGAGUAAUCAGGAGCAAACGGCCGCUGGACAGAGAGAAAUACAACAGCUUCACGGUGAGAGAGCAUUAACUGGAGUAGCAUUAUAAAUGGUAAAUGAGCUUUUUCAGUCCAAUCAAGCUGAAGUAUUUUACACAAAUCACAAAAAAAGCCAAUGAGACCCGACACGUGUUCACAGAGUAGGACCAUGUGUUUGUCUCAAAGCAUAUAUCAGUGUCUCAGACACCGGCACAAAUAGCCAGAGGUCACUUUCCAAGGGCCUUUAUGGGCAACUUGGGAGAAACUUCAGAGCUUUUCUACCAGAUGACUGGUGAUGUAACCCAUGAAUGUGAACCAAACAUCCUGCACAUUUCUUUCUGCCAUUACCGGCAUGUGUUCUGUAUAUACCACAAAAACCCAAAGGGAUAUGUUAGAUCUGUGGUAAUUUAUAGAGCAAUAUCAUGACUGCAGUUUUUACAAAGCAACAUUUAACCGUAUGUUGUGUGUGUCUGUGUAGCUGAAAGCCUUUGCGCUGUCCCCCAGUGGAGAGAGACUGGAGAACCCAACCACGAUUGAGAUAGUGGUGCUGGAUCAAAACGACAACAGGCCGGCCUUCACCCAGAGCCAGUUUGUUGGCGCCAUCGCUGAGUUCUCAGUCCCAGGUACAGCUCACCCUUUUCAACCAAAAUGUUUAAUCUGAGGUCCUCAUCAUUUGUUGUAGCUUUAAUAGACUGAAUGUUGCUUAAACGUUGAGUUUAAGUAUUUUGGUGCACACCUUGUUUAGGCUGCCUCCAUAUGACAAAAGAAAACAGCAAUAAACAAGUUUCUGAGAUUCUUGAUAUGUUUGGAAGUGGCUGAAACAUUCUAUUUUUAACUCUGCAUGCAGUGAUAAUAUUCUUAAAUAAGGCAAAGGGAAGAAGGUAUAGAAAAAAUGAACUAGUAUGUAUAUGAGCAGGAAUUAUUGUUCAUCUCAACCUUGACCACAUUGUUAAAAUUUGACUUUUUAGUGGAACUUUUGCAGCCUUAUCUCUGGAGUAGCAUAACUGUGAUUCAGAGAUUAGAUUAAAUUAGAUUUUCCUUUAUUCAUCCCUCAGCUGGGAAAUUAAAACUGUUAACAGCAGCAGUACACAAAUCAUACACAUUCACACCAGGUACAAAGAACAAAUAAAGAAGAUAAAAGAUGAAAGAACUAGUGUAAAAAAGAAGAGAGGAGUGCAAGGGAAGAACAGAAUUAAAGACAGAUAAGAAAGAAAAAUAUUAGAGAUCAGUGCCAACAAAAUACAGGUAUGGAUGAGAUAAUUAAUUAAUUAGGGGUGUAUGAAGAAAUAUUGCACUUUUAUUGUUGUUGGUGGUGUUGGUCUGCUAGGAACAGGCCUGGUUGUAGAGUGGAGGAAGGACCUGUGAUGCCUUUCUGUGAUGCACCAUAGCUGACAAAGCCGGUUGCUGAAGGAGCUUUCUAGGCCUCUAACGUCCUGGCAGAUUUUUCCUGCUGACCAAAUUUUUUUAAUCUCUUGACAGGUACGUCAGUAAUGAGAGUGUCAGCCACCGAUGCAGAUGACCCAAUGACAGAAAACGCUUAUUUGAGCUACUCUAUCAUUGGCCAGGAGAGCUUUCCUGCCAACGCUGUCACUAAGACGAUGUUUGGCAUUAACAACCAGACAGGAGCCAUCUACACAAGAGACGUCGGCCUGGACCGAGAGGUACCAUGCAGGUUAAGUCGAUGCUUGCAGAUUUUUUAUACUGAUGUUCAUUUCCCUAAAAUGUGAUAUUUUCUGUUCUAGGUGGUGAAAAGUUUCCAGUUGAAGCUUCAGAUUGCUGAUAUGGGGGGCAUGGGGCUAACAAGUGAAGGAGUGGCAAUCAUACAUGUAACUGAUAUCAACAACCAUUUACCGCAGUUUAACCCUGCUUUGGUGAGUCUCACACACAAAGGUGUAAAAGGUUUUUUGUUAAACACAUAAUUUGAUCAAGUUUAACAGGAUGGCUUCAAUGGUUAACAAAGAUCAUAAUGUGCUCUGAGCAUAAUUUUGUACUACUGACUGGAAUCUUUCAAUCUGUGUUUUGUGCGGUGAGUGUAGUACAAGUUGACAGCUGAGGAGAACAGGCAGGACUAUGAGAUCGGCCGUGUGAAUGUGACAGACAGAGAUGACCCUGGAACUGGAAACUGGGAGGCCAAAUACUCCAUUAAAAACGACCCUGAAGGAAACUUUGCCAUCAGAACUGAUCCUUCAACCAACCAGGGCGUUCUGAGAGUGGUGAAGGUAACGUGUGAGCGUGUGCUGCUGAAAGAGUGUGUAUGAGGGGUUAUGUUUGUAGGGUAACCAUCAAACCAGACAUCUUGGUUGGAUGAUGGAAAGACUUUGGUUUAUCUGAUGUAAAAUAAUUCAGAGUAGGACAAUAUCAGAUUUUCCAGUCAAAUCUUUGUUUUAAAGGUAGGCUUAGAAAUACUAUAGUCUGACUUGGUUGAAUCAUACUCUUUAUAUAAGCACUUAAAUAUCCAUGAAAGAAGCAGUAUUAUCUAUGUGUAUUUGGUCAAUAUUCAUAUCAUAAUAAAUUCAUGCUGUUAUUCUAUCAUGCAUGAGUGUCUGAAUGUUUCAAAUGGAUGGUGUUUCUCAUUUUAGUGCAACCAUGCAGUGGGGCCUUCAGACACAAGACAGCAGCACCCUCUAGUGGUUUAGUUUUGAACUGCAAAUUUUUCCCACAAUUAUUCUUGUGACUUUUCACACGGUUGUUAGUUUAAAAAUGAGUCUGAUUUGACUGAAUAUUUGCACGUUCAUAACAGACAGGUAUUCAGUAACAGGGAGUUCCUCUGAAAUCUGACUAAAAAUAAAGAAAAGCUGCCAUAAAAUAAUUGUUAGAGCAAACCUUUGAUGAUUCAUAUCUUUUUACCAACUUCUAAAUAACUAAAUAUGAUUAAAAAAAAAAAACUAAAUAUGAAACCAAUAUUGAAAGUUUAACCCCGAAGAUGCCAAUUUAUGUCAAAUGCAUCAGACUUUUCAUUGAAAAUUUUUUUUAAAACUUUAUUAUUCUCUUUCAAGUCACCUACGUGAUGAGUUUCAUUUAAGAUUAUACAAAGUACUUCAGGUAUACUAUAACAAAUGAGACCAAACAUCAAACUUUAAAAGAUGACACACCAUAGUGGUUUAAAACAGAAAAAUUGCCUGAAAUUGAAAAUUGAAAUCAACAAACAGUUGCCAGUGAGGCAUAAGUAUUAAUCAGCAAUCUUAAAAAUUUGAUGAUUAAAAGUUUGUCUUAUCGAAGCCGAUCACUUUGCGACAUGAUUUCUGCCUCACUGAAACAGCCUUUCUUCUCUGUAUUAUCUCACAGUCGCUGGAUUUUGAAGCCCAACAUGAGUACGUCCUGAUUCUUGCUGUGGAAAACCUCAGUCCUCUGAGCAGCAAGGCUGCCAACCGCCCAUUGAGCACCGCCACAGUGUUGGUGACUGUUAUGAACGAGAACGAAGCUCCGCUUCUCAGGGAGGACCCCAUUCAGAUUGUAGUCCCUGAGUCUGUGAGUCCUGGGACUUUACUGAAGAGCAACAUUGCCUUUGACCCUGACUUUUCUGACCUGAGGUAUGACAUGGGUUCAUUUUUCUAGGAAAGUGAAAACAUUGUCGAAUGGUGUAUUUGUAACUUACCCAGUGCUCUGUGUGGCAGGUUUGAGAUUAGCAGGGAUCCUGAGAGGUGGCUGGAUAUUGACCAGGAUACAGGAGACAUCAGAGCAAGGAGAACCUUUAACAUGCGCUCCCCACAUGUAAAAAACAGUAUUUACACCGCCACAGUCAAAGUUACGGGUAAGUUUAUUUAUUCAUGUGUUUUAUGUCCUUUAAUAAAUACAACAAAAUGACUCUAAUUUGAUAGAAAUAAACGAUGAAUGAACUGUUGUAACUUAAUGUUACAUUUCCAAUUAGAUGCUGAUGGAUUGUCCACCAUGGCCACAGUGCUCAUUACACUAAAAGAGACGAAUGACUACCCCCCUCAGCUCUUCCCUCUAAGUGGCUCUGUGUGUCAGGAUGUGAGCCGGAGUGGCUCUGGUCUGGUUUUGUCAGCAGUGGAUGAAGACCUCUCUCCACAUGCUGCACCCUUCACAUUUGAAAUGCCUGAUGAUCUGUCAAUAAACUGGACUAUAGUCCAAGUCAACGGUAAGGAUGGAGAAUCAGCUUUAGAGAGCCAGAGUCUAAGAUGUUGUUCUUUUGAAAUAACAACUUUUCUUCUUCUCAGACACUCACGCUGUGCUUCGCCCUCUGGUGGAGCUGGAGGCUGGAGAGUAUGCAGUCACAGUGCUGGUGUCAGACUCUGGCAGCCCAGUUCUAGGUGCUUAUGCUCAAGUUAAUGUCACUGUGUGUUCCUGUGACUCUUUCGGCGAGUGCAAGUCUGAGGCUGGGGCCAUCAUGGGCUCCAGUGUGGGAAUCAGCUUCAUCGCUCUCAUGGUCAUCAUGGCCUGUAUCGCUCUUUUACUGUGUAAGUCCCCCCUGUGAACACAUCAUCCAGUCUCAGAGAGCUUGAAUAAAGUUAGUCUGAGUUUUUUUAUUCCCAGUUUAAACUGUGAUCUCUCUCCAUUCUGACUGCAGUGCUGCUCCUCCUGGCUGUGGCAGUGACUGCAUGUGGGAGACGGCACAACAUUAAGAAAGGAACUGGUCUGCUUGUUGGGGAAUCAGAGGACGAUAUCCGUGACAAUGUCUUCAAUUAUGAUGAGCAAGGAGGUGGCGAGGAGGAUGAGGUGAGACUACAGAUCACAGGUCAAGAGAGGUCAUGCCUAAAUGCUAAUGGCUACUUAUAAACAGCUGCUGUUGGUAUAUGAAUAUGGCAAGAUGAUCCUGACGGCUGGUUUUAACGAACUCAUUGGUAUUAAACCAUUAUUAUCAGUGUGUGUGUCACCAGAGAUUUUUGACGUUUCCUCUCUUUCUCAUCACGCAGAAUGCCUUUAACAUCGAUCUGCUGUGGAAUCCCCAUGAUAUGCCUUCAACCCCAGGGUCCUACUACCCAGGGCCUGGUGUUCCUCGAUGCAAACAGCCCCUCAGAAAGGAUGCCCCACAUGACCUGCCUUCACCCAUCUACCCACGGAGGCCUCCUGCAGAUCCUACUGACAUCGAGGACUUCAUCAAUGAUGUAAGAAGCUGCUAAAGCAAUCAUUUCUCACCUGAAACAACCCUAAAUUUUUAGAGAUAUGAAUGCAGUUUGUAUAUAUAAAGCCGAGCUUCAACAGAUGGCCUUCCCUGCAAAACAAAAUGGAUCUUUUAAAUGCUUUCUAAUACUACUUCACGUAUUUUAGUUUGUUAUUUUCUGUGUUGAUUUAUUUCCAAAGACAUCAGAUGUUUACUUUUUCACUCAUAUGUUAAACUCUGUGUUUCCUAUAGGAUUUUAGUUUCUGUGCGAGAUGAUUGUAGAACUUUCAAAAACAGACUCUCUAUUGAGGAGUAGAGGCCACAACAACGCUUAUUGUUAAUAUAUUUGUUAUUUAAAGCUCCUGUGAGGAGUUUUUUUGGCAUUUAUGAAAUUCAUUCAUGAUGUCUUCUUAUGAUGAACAAAAUCACAGGACCAUAAAUGUACUGUUUUUGUACUGUCAUUCUGAAUACCUAGAGAUGGAGUAAGGGGGUAGGUUUCGGUGGAGCAGCUGAAGAAAAGCCACAACUUUAAAUUUUACAUAUAAAAAUAGUCACAGUAGAUGUUAACUUAGACAGUUGAAAGUCAGCAGGAGGAGAUUUUUGUGAGAAGACAGUGGUCAUGCAUGUAGAGGACGACAUAUGCAAAGGCUGCUUUUUCCACAGAAGGCCCCAAAAUUGACACAAACUGAAAGUUUAUCACAGGAGCUUUAAAGUGAGAGCAAGAUGAUUUCAGAAAUGAGUGUUUGAAAAUAUUUUCUUUGAAUUUGUCAUUUAUUUUGUGAGUAGUUUCAGAUUUUUUAAAAUUAGAUGUCACUGUCUCUAAAGUGAUGAUGACUCAAUAGACAAAGUUUUUCAUUCAUACUGGAUGUAAUGCACAGAGUUGUUUUUGUACAGUGUAAUUUAUUAUCAUUAAACUAGUUUAACAGAACAUCUCCUGAUCUCUUAUCAAUGUUAAACUGUCAUUCUCAUCCUCUCAGGGCCUGGAGGCUGCAGACAACGACCCCAAUGUUCCUCCAUAUGACACAGCACUGAUCUAUGACUACGAGGGAGAGGGCUCACUGGCAGGCAGCCUCAGCUCCAUCGCUUCAGGCAGCUCUGAUGGAGACCAAGACUACGACUACCUCAACAGCUGGGGACCACGCUUCCAGAAACUGGCCAACAUGUAUGACCCUCGUUAAGGUGGACAUAAAAGACCUGUGUAAUCCAGCAGCAGUCAGGGACUCAGGACAUGCCUCAGGUGCUUUCCUGGACGUUCAACAUUUAGUCCAGGAUGAGAUUUGACAAGGGCAAAAAAACAAACCCAUGGGCCUCAAAUCCAGUCUGCCUCAGAUGUUACUGAGGGACAAUUGGACCCUGGUGACAAAAUGGCUUUUUGAAAAGUGUUCAGGAAAAGUAAACAAGACGGUGAUUUUGUGUGUGGCAAGAUCAGCUGUGAAGGGAAGGAGCUGUGCAUGCUGUGAGGCGGAUGGCUUUCCUUGUCUGAUGUUGUUUACCCUCAGACUUGGAUGGUUCUGUAAUGAUGCACACAACAACCCUGAGAUUUGAAGCAUUAAAUGUAUUUCCUUUUUUUAUAUAUGUAAUUAUUUUAUAAGAUGACUUUGCUUUGAUAUUGAUUUUGAUUGUUUUUCUUUUUAUCACAAAUCCUCCAUUCCAAAACCUGUCAACAGUUUUGGAAGCUCUCUGCGACAAACACAAAAACAACACAACACAAUGUACUAAAAAUACUCAGUGAUCAAAUUAUCUGGAGGUUAAGAGUAUGAAUUGUGUUUUUAAACAUCUUCAUUGGUUUUCUGAAUUUACUGGUGUCUAUUGAAUAAAUGUAAAUCUUUUA